AUGGACAAUAACAUUCGUUUAAAGAAGGCAGCGUCAGCUCCUCACUGGGACAAGCCAGCUCCAAAUCUCUCAAGCAUGCCCAACGACAUCCUCCUCAACAUUGCCGACUUCAUCGUCACGGACGAAAGCCGAUCGAACCAUCUUCCAUUCGAGCGGAAGGAUCUGUAUUUCCGCAAGUAUCUCGAAUGGCGCGUCUGGCGCGGAUUCAUCCGACUUCGGUCGAACCCUGACGCCGACUCCUUCGAGAAGAUGGGAUGCAUAAGUUGGGAUUGGCUUGUGCCAGAGGAUCGACAAGUGCUCCGUGUCUCGAAGAAGUUCUAUGUCGCCAUCAUGUCGGUUAUACGGAAUCGACAGGACGCAUGUGAUGGGUAUCAGCAAGGCAGUAUCGACCCGCUGGUCUGGCAGCCCCGACCGUGGCAGCUGCGACCUUGA